CUCGCUUCAAGUUCCCUCCCUCGCUCUCUGGGGAAGCCUGCCUGAGUCCUCCCAUUCGGUGCAGACUGAACCCUCGAAGGCCGCCUGCUAGCCAGGGCUCUCCACGGCCUUGCGUCCUGGGCCCGCUGGUCGCUGCUCCGGCAGGUCCACUCUCUGCUCGUGGCCCCGCUGAGGCGGUGACGAGGACUAGGCAGCCCCUGCGACUCCUGCAGCUCCCUCUCGGCCCUCCAGAGGCACCGGCAGCCCAGAUCCUGUCUCUCCCUGCCCGACUCCCUCUCCGCCAUCCCCGGGAACCUGGCGCUAGGCUCAGCCUACACUGCCCGGGAGAGUAACAGAGAAAUCCCCAAUUGGAUAUCUAGAGCACUUGCCUUUGUUGUUCUGAGCCUUGGAUUGGAAGUUAGCAACACUUUCUAAGGCCUGAAAGGGAAAUAAAAGUUUAGGAUGCUGAUGGCAUGGAGUCUGUCUCUUCCUGCCUCUGCCCUUCCCUCCUCCCUGCUGCCUCCUGCCUCCUUUUGAGAUGGACUUUGAGCAACACGCUGUCUGCCCCUGCUCUCACAGUGUUCCUGUGCAGUGGCCUGAACUACUUUGGAGGUCCUGAUGGGAAUUCAGAUAACAGCAGUAACUAGCGUUGAACAACAAUGCCACUUCUCCCGCCCUUUCUGCCAUUGCGACUUGCAUUGUGGUAGACCCCUCUCCGUGUAUUACACACCUAAAGGAGGGAGCUGCCAGCCCCUCUGUUGGAAUUUGCAGUGGUACAUCUCUGCUAUUGACUUAAAUCUACUGUUUAAAUGGUUUCGUCAAUGUCCUUUGCUACAUCUUUUCUCAGCUCAUUUGAGAUACCUCUUGCUGCAGAGUACUUUCAGAAAGGAAGUCUUCCCUGUGACUUCUGCCUGCCAUCCAUAAAAUACUCAUUCCUUUCAACUCUGCCUGCAGUUGAACACAAAGACCUAGAGGAGACUCCCACAUCCUCGGGGAGAAGAAAGGAGGAGGCGGAGCAGAUUCGAGGAACUUGUGGCUUGUGGCCUUUUUGUACGGGGGCUGCCUGAAAGGGGGAACGUGACUUAAAGACAAGGCGGCGGUUAAUGGGCUGUGAGAUGAGGCGCUGCUCCUACUGCCGCUGCUGACACUGAGGUUCCAGGGUCCGUCUGCUGCCCUUUGUGCUCCGUGUACAUGUGUCUAUUCAGCGCAUCCGGAGGCGCCCAGAAGAAAAUCCAACACGGCCGCCGGGGAGAGACCACCCACCAUGCCCACGGAGACCCUACAGACAGGUAGCAUGGUGAAACCGGUCAGCCCCGCGGGCACCUUCACCUCCGCAGUGCCCCUGCGCAUCCUCAACAAAGGGCCCGACUACUUUCGCAGGCAGGCUGAGCCCAACCCCAAAAGACUCAGCGCUGUGGAGAGACUGGAAGCGGACAAGGCCAAGUAUGUCAAGAGCCAGGAGGUCAUCAACGCAAAGCAGGAGCCAGUGAAGCCUGCGGUGCUGGCCAAGCCCCCAGUGUGCCCGGGUGCCAAGCGCGCACUGGGCAGCCCCACGCUCAAAGUGUUCGGGCCCAACGCCAAGACCGAGAGCGGAGUGCAGAGGGAGACCCUGAAGCUCGAGAUCCUGAAGAACAUCAUCAACAGCUCGGAAGGCUCCAGCUCGGGCUCGGGCCACAAGCACAGCUCGCGAAACUGGCCCCCUCACAGGCCAGACACCACAGACCUGCACCGGCACUCCUUCGCUGAGUCCCUGAAAGUCUACCCGACGCAGGGCCGCGGGAGCCCGCAGGAGAGCAGUUCCCACGUGGGCAGGAGGCUGCUGGAGCAGACGGCAGAGUCCUUCCUCCACGUCUCCCACAGCUCCUCCGACAUCCGCAAAGUGACCAGUGUGAAGCCCCUAAAAGCGAUCCCCUGCAGUAGCUCCGCCCCUCCGCUGCCUCCCAAACCCAAGGUGGCCGCCCUCGCCACCAUGAAGUCCCCCGAAGCUGACCCGGUGGAACCUGCUUGUGGAGUCAGCCGAAGGCCCUCCCUGCAGCGGUCGAAGUCGGACUUGAGUGACAGGUAUUUCCGGGUGGACGCAGACGUGGAGAGGUUCUUCAACUACUGCGGACUGGACCCAGAAGAGCUGGAAAACCUUGGCAUGGAAAACUUUGCAAGGGCUAAUUCCGACAUCAUAUCCCUCAACUUCCGCAGUGCAAGCAUGAUCAGCUCAGACUGUGAACAGUCUCAGGACAGUAACAGUGACCUUAGAAAUGAUGACAGUGCCAAUGACCGGGUGCCAUAUGGCAUUUCUGCCAUCGAAAGAAAUGCUAGGAUCAUCAAGUGGUUAUAUAGCAUCAAACAAGCUAGAGAGUCACAGAAGGUCUCCCACGUGUAAGAGCAAGUGCGUGCGAAGGAGGGAGGGGUGGGUCUCUGUCUGUGCAUCCGCAGUUGUGAAGGUUGUGAGGUCUCCUUGAAGUGUUGUGAGCUUCUCCACUCUCUUUGUGUUGCUUGUUGUGCAAUGUUUUCAAGUUGCAUGCCUGUCAACAUGGGGACUGACCUGGCGUCCACGUCAACCGUGGCUGCAGAGCCUGGCUGAACACACGGUCCUCUGCCAAACGUUUCCAGCCAGAAUCUGAUUAGGGCUUUGAUCUCAAGCUAAACUGUUUACACGAAAACGGUAUACAACUUCUUCAAUAUUUAUGUGGUUCUUGUGUUUUCUAUCCCACGCUAUUGUGUCUUAAUUAAAAGUUUUAUCAACUGGCUUUUAAAUUGAGAGUAGAAUCUUUUUGAAAUAAAAAGCCAAUUUGCCUACAUGUGAGACCAAAACAAUGGGGAAAUAAACGGGAUCUGCUAUCAAGCAGAGAGAGUGACUGACCUAAGAUAGAACCAGGCUGGGUUUUCUGAGGAAGAAAGUGGUAAGCCUGAUGUUAAUCACGUACAUGUUGCAAUUCUCUUGCCACUUGCUUAAAGUAAUGAUUGGGCAACAAUGCUACAUUCUGUCUCCUAUUCAGUGUGUAAAUAAAUAUCAGUGGUUCUGUGUAAUACUGACCCCAAGAAAAGACAGUCAGAUACAGUGAAGGUGAUUAGAUCUGGGAGGUUGAAUAUCCGGGGUAUUGUUGAUGUUUUUCUGAUUUGGGUUCAUUCAGAAAUUUCUACUAUUAAUCUUUUGACAGGAAUGACCUCUCUAAACCUGUUACUUGAUGUCUUAAAUUUUGGGGAGGUUUGGGUUUUUUUUGGUUUUUUUUUUGCUCAAUAACUAAUUCCAUGCUGAUUCCCUACUUCCCUUCCAUUGUUGUUUUAUCUGGAAGAGGGAAGUGGGGUUUGUGCAGGUUUGCACUUUCUGAAGACAUGAACACAAAUGGAAAUACCAGCCAUAUCAGUGUAUAGAGCCUCCUCUUCAACAGUGCACACCUUUGGUAGCUGAACCAUAACUGAGCAGUGUGAUUGUGUUGUCUUGCAUAUGUUAUUCUCUCAAGCUGUGGACUUUGGUUACAGCCCUAUGAAACUGUAGAAACACAAUGCUAUGUAGCUCCCCCCACUCCAUGGUGUCUAGUGCUGCAUAUCGACUUGUUCCCUUUUUUCCCCAAUAACCUGUCUUCCAGUUGGCUGUCAACCAGCUGACAGCUGUGGUGUGGUAGCAGAGAGGGACAUGUGCAGCGGCCUACUUCACUGCUCUUGUAGUUAUGCUCUGAAGUUCGGGAGCACUACCACAGACUUUGUCAGCUCAUAAGAAACUUUUUAUUGUGUAAAUGCUGUAAGACUUUGUACAUACUUCAGUUGUUAUGGAAUCUUGAAGAAAAAAAAGAAAAAGUUAUGCUAAUAAAUAGCCCUGGUGCAGGCA